CCUUCUAAAAAUCUUGGGAAAGAUGGUAUGUCAGCUAGAUGGUUUCUACCAGAAGUAUUGGGAAACUGUGGGCGUGGGUGAUGAUAUGUGUAUUUUUGUCUCAGUUUGUUGAAUGAGAAUGGAAGUAUUGUUAGUAUUAAUUCCACCUUGAUUACCCUUAAGGUUGAUGAGCCUAAGAGUGCUCUGAGUUCAGGCCUAUCGGUCUUUGCUAGCUUCCUUCUUCUUAUUAGUUCUUUUUUUUAAGCAUAAGUUUUUUAGUAUUCACUUUUGGCGUAUGAGCCAGGCUUUUUUGAUAAUAUAAUAUAUUUAUAUAUAUAAAUAUCAUGACUUUGCUAAGAAGAAACAUAUAUAUCAGAUAUCAUGUCGAUCUUUGCUAAAAAAAACACUUCAAAUAUAAUGGAUUCUUGAAUCUUAAUAUCAAACAUAACAAUCGAUAUGGAUCAUCUGCAUGUAGUGAUGCUGCCAUACAUGGCCCACGGCCACCUCACACCUUUCCUAGCACUUGCAACCCAGAUCAUCGACCGUUCCAACAAAAACAUUUCCGUCACCAUAGCCAACACUUCUCUCAAUAUUCGGUACCUUCGUUCAACCAUUUCUUCUUCCCAUGACGCGGACAAGAAUCAUCAUAACCAUCUCUUCUUCGCUGAGCUCCCAUUCUCCGGCCCCAAUGAGAAUACAGAGAACGUGCCACCAUCAAAGAUCGUCGACAUGCUCCACUCCUCCAGCAGUCUUGAGUUACCCUUCCGCCGCCUACUCCACGACAUAGCCGCCAAAGAAGGUCGUCCUGUGCUUUGCAUUAUCACCGACAUGUUUUUCGGUUGGGCCACUGAUGUUGCUAAGAGCGUUGGAACUCUCAACUUUACUUUCACAACUUGCGGUGCUUACGGAACACUAGCCACAGCUUCGACAUGGCUUCACCUUCCUCAUCGUCACACUAAUUCUCACGACUUUGUCUUGCCUGGGUUCCCUGAACGGUGUCGUUUUCAUCGCUCCCAGUUGAAUAAUGAAGUUAGAGAUGCGGAUGGAACGGAUCUUUGGUCGAAAUUCAUGCAGCCACAAAUCUCACUUUCACUCAAAUCUCAUGGUUGGUUCUGUAAUACAGUGGAGGAGAUCGAACCCCUUGGACUGGAGAGCCUUCGGAGUUUCCUUCAGCUCCCAGUUUGGGCUGUUGGAUGUUGUCCUUCAUUGAACAAACAUUCAUCACGGAAAGACCUGGGAAUUCCUUUUAAAACUUGUCUCGAAUGGCUCAACGAACAACGUCCGGAGUCUGUAGUAUACGUCUCUUUCGGUUCUCAGAACACAAUCGGAUCAGCCCAGAUGAUGGAAUUGGCCAAAGGAUUGGAAAAGAGUGGGAAGCCUUUCAUUUGGGUGGUGAGGCCUCCGCUUGGUUUCGAUAUUAAAGAAGACUUUCAAUCGGAAUGGCUUCCGGAAAGUUUCGAAAAAAGGAUGGCGGAAACCAAACAGGGGUUGAUUGUGAAAAACUGGGCACCACAAAUGGACAUUUUGUCCCACAAAUCGACGAGGCUGUUUUUGAGCCACUGCGGUUGGAAUUCGGUGAUUGAGAGCUUGAGCCAAGGUGUUCCGAUAGUGGCGUGGCCUUUGGCCGCGGAACAGGCCUAUAACUCGAAGAUGCUUGUGGAGGAGAUGGGAGUGUGUCUAGAGCUUACGAGGGGAAGUGAGAGCUGUGUUAAAGAUGAGGAUGUUAAGAGAGUGAUUGAAUUGGCCAUGGAUGGAGAAGCCAAGGGAAGGGAGAUAAGGAUGAAAGUCUCUAUUAUCAAAGAACAAAUUAAAAAUGCAACUAGGGAGGAAGGAAAUUUGAAAGGAUCCUCUGUCAAAGCGUUGGAUGAUUUUUUAUCCUUCGUUCAAACUCAAAUUAGUGUAGGAAGGUCAAGUGAUUAAUUAGUGAUGCUUUGGUGGGUUUUGAGGAGGAUUAUUGAGAGCUCUCUAUCUUCUUCGAAGUGCCCUUGGGUGUGCAUGAUAUGUAGAGGUUCCAUUCCACACUUUAGUCAUGGUUUGCUGCUUCUUUGUCUUAAUUAGUUAAUAUCGAUGUCUGUUGGUUUUGCAUUGUCUUGUUAUUCGGUUCUCUUACCCCUAUGCUGCUUUGUUUUCUGAA